AUGGCGGCCAGAGCCCCCGCGGAGCUGCUGGGCGCCCUGCUCCUGCUGGCGGCCGCGGGGCACGCGGCGGGCGACGCGACGCGCGUGGUGGGCGGCAUGGACUGCGCCCCCCACUCGCAGCCCUGGCAGGCGGCCAUCCUGGACAUGUCCAAGCUCUACUGCGGCGGCGUCCUGGUGGCCGCGCAGUGGGUGGUGACGGCGGCGCACUGCACCAUGCCCGGGGUGACCAGCAUCCGCCUGGGCAAGCACAGCCUCUUCGCCCGCGAAGGGGGCCAGCAGCUCAAGAGGGUCCUCAAGUCCUUCCCGCACCCGGACUACGACGCCACCACCAAGGACAACGACAUCAUGAUGCUGAAGCUCGUCACGCCCGCGGCGCUCAGCGAGACCGUCCGGCCCGUGCCCGUGGCCACCUGCCCCCCGCCGCCCGGGGCCUCCUGCGUCACCUCAGGGUGGGGGGCCACCUCCUCCCCAGAAGUCACUUACCCGGACGUCUUGCAGUGCGUCGGCGUCACCCUCUUCUCCACGGCCGAGUGCCGGCGCCUCUACCCGGGCUACAUCACCGAGAACAUGCUGUGCGCCGGCAGCCUCCGCGGCGGGAGGGACUCCUGCCAGGGCGACUCGGGGGGCCCCCUGGUCUGCAACGGGACCCUGCAGGGCAUCGUGUCCUGGGGCAUGGAGAAGUGCGGGCAGCCCAGGAGACCCGGCGUCUACACCAAGGUCUGCAGGUUCGCCCAGUGGAUCCAGGACAUCAUGAGGGACAACCC